AUGCUGGAGCCGAGGGGCCAUAGCGGGGUGGCCGGCCGCGGAAGCGAGGACCGGAGGGUCCGUCCCUUCCCAGCAGGGCACAAGGACCCUCCGGUGGUGCCGGCCUGGGAAAUCCAUGACCUGGCGGCAGCAGCUGGCGUGGGGCCACGGGCCGCCACGGGAGCGAAGUGCAGCGUGGGCUGUUUUUGGCCAGGCUGUGGAGGCUGGCGCGACCAUGGGGGCCGGUGCGAGCCCUGCCGGCACCGGGGGCUCAUCCUGCCUGGUGCGCGGCUCCUAGAGGGGGAACAUGGGCCUGGCAGCGCCCACUACAGACCCAUGUCACAGUAUGGCCAGUGCAGGGUGGCAUCAGAUUCCACAAAUGGGACGUGGGGACCAUCCCCUGAGAUCCUAGAGGGUCUGGAAGAAAUUAUUUUUUCUUCUUGUGCCAGCAGUACCCAGGCAUCUAGCAUGGACCAGCAACAGGGGCCACCAGAGCGAAGGCCUGCAGGACCUGCCACUCACCUGCAGCCCAAGGAGGGGACACUGUGGGGAUUCUUUGCCAUCCUGUCACUGCUGGCUGGGCUGGCCACAGGCACCCUGCGAACACCACACUGCAAUGAGACUCUGGACACAGCCCCCACGCCACGGGGCAUGGCCACUGCCAGCGUGUCUGCGGAGGAUGGUGUGGAGGCACCACUUGCUGCUGCCUGGAGCCAGUUGUACGGGGACAACGUGACAACAGGUAGCCCAGGCACCACAGAGCUCACCGAGGACCUGCUGCUGCGUGCUGAGCGCUCACCACCAGGCGCCAGCAAAACCAAAAAGGGACGGAAGACCUCACGGGGCACCCGUGGGCGCAACUGCCACAUCCGCAACCUGAUGGUGAAGGUGCGUGACCUGGGCCUGGGCUUCAACUCGGACGAGAUUGUGCUCUUCAAAUACUGCAGUGGAUCCUGCCACCGGGCACGCAGCAACUAUGACCUGACGCUGGGCAGCCUGCUGCGGCAGCAGCUCAUCACCCCGGGACCACAGGAGCGGGUCCUCAGCCACCCCUGCUGCCGACCCACCCGCUAUGAGGCUGUCUCCUUCAUGGAUGUGGAGAACACGUGGCAGACAGUGGAAAAGCUCUCAGCAGCUGAGUGCAGCUGUAUUGGCUGAGGAGGGGGGCACUGGCUUGGCCCCAGCUCAACACAUGCCGACAGACUCCAGCUUGCCACGUGCAGUGGCACUGUUGCUCGAAACAAGAGUCUGGCAGAGGCAGGUGCCCCUGUUAUUAUGUGGCCACAAAGAACUGAGGUGAGAUGGAGUCAUGACUGAGAUGUGGGUGGCCAAGCCUGCUCCUGCUCAGUGCCAAGCAGCUGGUGCCACCAGCUACAUAGGCUCCUGCCCAGGUGCCCUGGCUCAGCCCUGGGAGACGAGCUGAAGAGAGUAUGGACCAUCCCCACCACUCCUAAGAGUCUGCCAGCCCAGUGUCCAUCAGCGGCACUCCUGCACCUGUGCUCCAGGGGCCAAGCAUCACCCA